AUGUCUCGCCCAGAAUAUCAAGCACCACCAGAAUUAACUUAUCGAGCUAUAGAAUUAUUAAAUUUACCUGAAAACGAACCAGCAUUUUUACUUGAUAUAGGAUGUGGAUCAGGUUUAAGUGGUGAAAUUUUAGAUGAAGAAGGACAUUUUUGGGUGGGAAUUGAUAUUGCUCCUUCUAUGUUACAGAUCGCAUUAGAAAGAGAAGUCGAAGGUGAUUUAUUUUUACAAGAUGCUGGGCAUGGAUUAGGAUUUCGACCUGGAACAUUUGACGGAGCGAUCAGUAUCUCGGUAUUACAAUGGUUAUGUAACGCGGAUCGAAAAUCAAAUAAUCCCGUCACAAGAUUAAAUCGAUUUUUUACCACAUUAUAUUCAUCUUUGAGAAGAGGAGCUCGAGCGAUAUUUCAAUUUUAUCCGGAAAAUGAUGAUCAAUGUGAAUUGAUAAUGAAUGUGGCAAUGAAAUGUGGAUUUCAAGGUGGUUUGGUGGUCGAUUAUCCUAAUAGUAAAAAGGCCAAAAAAUUUUUCUUAUGUUUAUUCGCGGGAAUCAAUAGUACGGAAAGUAAACCACAAAUGCCUAAAGCUUUAGGUGUAGGUGAAAAUGAAGAGGAUGAACCGAGAACUGUGAAUUAUUCUAGUGAGAGGUAA